AUGGAUUGCCCUAUCUGUAACUGUAGUAUGAGUCCAGUUAUUUUAAGGCCUGUGAGGUACACUGUAUGUGGAGCUUGCUAUGAGGGAGCCAAAAGCAUAAUCAAUUGGAUGAACAAGCUUGAUAAUGAUAAGAAAGUGAAUAAAUCUAGUACCAACAUUACCUCUCUGUCAGCUUUAAUUGGUGAUCUUCAGGGCAUGGCAAAUGCUUUGAAAUGGAUGAAAGAAAUCAAAGAGAUGGAAGAUGAACUCAACGAGAAGCUAAACUUUUUGGGUGGGUUUAUUUCUGCGUUUAGAGAUCAGAUUCACACUGAUAUCCAAGUUAAGCCUGGCAAUGGUGGCCCCUCUAUACCUGCACAUAGAGCAUUACUGGCUGCAAGAUCUGAUAUAUUCGGAAACAUGCUUGAUUCUGAUGAAUACAUGGCUCAAUCAAGUGACAUUAUAACACUCCCAGAAUUAGACUACGAACAGUUACAGGCCCUCCUAGAGUUCCUCUAUUGUGGACACUUGCCUAAAGAGAAGGUGGAAAAACAUGUAUACUCAUUGUCUGUUGCUGCAGAUAAGUAUGAAAUCCCAUUUCUGCAGAGGUUUUGUGAGCACCAUAUGCUUGGAUCCUUGAACUCAUUCAAUGCUCUUGAUGUUCUGGAGAUCUCAGACACUUGUUAUAACCUGGGUUUGAAGGAGGCUACCUUGAACUUCAUAAUCAAGAAUAUGCAAGAUAUAGUUUUCUCGGCUCGGUUUGAUUCAUUUGCACUCAAGAACCCACAUCUCAGUGUUCAGAUUACAAGAGCAUCCUUUAUGGAUAUCAAAAGUAGAAGAGUUGGGGCUUGA